UCACGUGACAGCCGCGUUGAUUGAAAUGGCAGCGACAGACGACAGACCCAGAAUUAUUUUUCGUUUCUUGGGGCGGAAGAAGGUGGCUUGGGCCAGAAAGAAGGAAAGAAAGAAAGAAAGAAAGGGAGAGAGGGAGUAUAGCUAAGGGAGUGGGGUCGUCAGAAAACUCCUCUGCUGCAGUGCAGACCGAUUGGACGCAAGCGCCCACGCCACCCCACCCCACCCCAAACCACACACCCAGGAACUGGUAACCGGCGGCGCGGCGAUGCGGAGGGAGCUGCGCCUGUGGCUCGUGCAGCGGACCACGGCGGUGCGCGACACCAUGGCCGAGCACCGCGACCGGCUCGACAACCUGCGCAUCGCCAUCGAGACGGGGAACGCGGGGUGGGCAGCGGACCUGCGCGUGCUCGUGGAGGAGCGGGUCGCGGUGGACGAGGCGUGGGUCGCGCUCAGGGACUCCAUGGGGAGCCUGCGGGCCGCCCUCGAGCUGGCCGCCUCGCCCGGCCGCCGGCUCGUCACCUGGGCCGUCGGCAGCCAGGAGCAAGGGUACCUUAUGGACGCCAUCAGCCGAGGGCAGGUGGUGCAGGGCCGGCUCAAGAGGGUCGACAACGUGCUGCGCGGCAUGGCCUCCGUCUUCGCCGGCGACGCCACGCGCCCUGCGCUCCUCGGCGUGGACACCGGCGUCGCCCACCAGCGCAUCGUCGACGCCGUCCACGCCUGGGACGACAUGCUGCUGUCUGUGGAGCUGGCGGUCCAAGGCCUCGCCGUUAUUCCUUUUUAGCCUUUUAUUAUUAUUAUUAGGUCGGUUGAUCGAUCGAUGACAAGCAAUGGCAGUCCAGGGGUGGGAUCCUAGGCCCUUUGAUCCUCCAACUUGAUCAAUGUUUUGCUUCAGUCUACAGUUAUCUACUCUACUUCAUUAUGCAGUGAUUUUGGUUAAGUCUGGACUGGUCAGACUAAUAUACUGCUGCCAUCUUGAAUACUACUCCCUCCGUUCCUAAA